CAGUAUGAUGCAGGGCUGUCACCGCACUCUGCAUGUCAUUCUGGUAAAGUCUUGCUAACAUGAAACAGCUCUAGGUCUAGACUCUACGGCGGCUGCCACCGUGGCCCUGUUUGGACGAUGACUUUUAUCGCCGCAUUUGAAACAUCUGCAAUGAACUACUAAUUCUAUGGGCUGGAGUCUGGCCCCCCUGGAGGAUGGGGAACAUGAUGGGGAACAUGAUACGAGGAGCUAGUGACAGCAGCAAGGUCAACACUGACAACCCUGACAGUGCUCAGAAGGGUUCUGAUGAUGACAUAGUUGUUGUGAUCGACGAUUACCCCUCUUUGGAAAUCAGCGAACCCAUUUACAAAAUGGGGGAGAAGCUCAGAGUCAUUGCACAGGAAGCUUAUUGGUGGAGAGUUCGCUCUAUUGAUACAGGGAAGGAGAACUAUAUACCCAACAGCCAUGUGGUGAGAGUUUACCACGGGUGGCUGUUUGAUGGGGUGGGAAGGCAGAAAGCCGAAGAGCUGCUUCUUCUACCUGGAAAUAGAGUGGGGUCGUUUCUGGUGCGAGAAAGCACCAGCGAGAGAGGUCUGUAUUCGCUCUCGGUGAAGCACAGGGCAGUGAAGCACUAUCGAAUCUUCAGACUGGACAACAGCUGGUACUACAUCUCACCGAAGCUCACUUUCCAAUGUCUUGAAGACAUGAUCAAUCAUUACUCUGAUUCUGCAGAUGGGCUGUGCUGCACGCUCACCACCCCUUGUCUGUCGGGAAAAGCUGAGGCGCCAGAAACGAAUCCUGGGCCGCCACCCGUCGUCAUGCGACACAACUUUGACUGGAAGAAAGUAGACAGGAAACAGCUGGUCAGCACAGACAGCCAGAGCAACAACAUGGUGAGCUACGGCGUGAGGAACAGCAUCGCUGCUUAUUUGUCCUUUUCUGGCCAAGAAGACCCUCAGGAGCGAGGCGAUCGCAGGAAGAAGAAAUCUAGAUCUGUGUAUGUGCUUCCAGAAAGCAAUAACGCAAACACUGAGUAUGAGGACGACUUCUAGAGACGGCAGCAGCUUGGUUCAAAUGAAUUUAAUAAAAAAAUGAUGUUUGAGCAGAGGCCUGCAGAGACUCUCAGAUAUCUACUACAGCUCCCAAACGUCGGCCGAGGAAUCCUCUGGUUCGGCUCCGGCCAGAGUACCUCAAUCAUGAAAGGGAGUUGAAGUAACAGCACUUUGAAAUCUUUUAACAGUAAGUUACACAUGUACUCAUGCUUCCGAGACAAACGAAAUAUGUUUUUUACGUGAGCCGUGUGAACGUGUGAGUGAGUCAGACGAGCGGGUGCCGCACAUGGCUUCAACAAUUACGACAAGCAUUAUUCAAAUACAUUCAAAUACAAAGUAGUCCACAGAAAUUGUUGGGAGGAAGUAUCUGGAAUACUCAAACUAUUUCCCUUUGUCCGUUGGAGAUGAAUGCUGGUAUGUGUACGAAUAAAUGUUUGCUACUUUUGUUUGUUUUUCCCUCAUGAUGUUGACGAGAUUAAUGUUUUAGUUCACAAAAGCUCAUCUAAUUAUGUUGCAAAGUUUUGCGUGUUCCGUGUGUUUCCAUGGUUUAUGAAGGAUUGUCUUUAAUAUAAAAAUGCUCAGACGUAUGUUUUCUUAAACUUUGAAAUCUGCUGCUUUACUGGUGUGAUCAACAGAUAAGUCAGAUUGCAACAGAUCAUUUUUUUAGUGUAGAAAAAGUGACUUGCUGUAAGUGUUGCAACUCAAAGACCUUGCGUAUAGCGUCUUUAGAGAAUGAUAUGUGUAGAAAAAAAUAUGAAAUGCAUUUGCCUAAAAAAAAUUAUCUCAUAUGUGGAAUGUUACUGAUGCAAUAAUAUUAAAAUCUAGAAUAAACAUCUGCUACAUUUGUUAGCAGUGCUCACGUAAAUGCUGUUGUUAUAGUUGUUACAUUUUCUGUCCUACUCUAAGAACUUGACAGAUAUUGUUUUUAUGUCACACUGUUUUGAAAUCAUAACUGUUUAAAAAACAGUCAUAAUUUGAUACCUGUAGUGAAUGUGCACAUGUGCAACUAAAGUAGUUUAUCGCAGUAAUGGCCACGUUGUCACAGGUGUCAUGCUACGCUAUGCAUGGCACCUGUCUGCACUGGUGAAAAUUUGCUCCUCCCGGCAUACCAAAUGCUUGAGAGGAAGAUUGUUUUACCUGCUUUCUGAUUAUCUAGUAUACAUGAAGCUUAACCAUAAUUUGCGAGGUGUUAAAUGUGGAAAAAGGAAAACAGAAAAACUAGUGCCAUUUUGGAAAAAAGGCCCUUUAGUGGGUUUAGGCCACAAUCCAUACAAUUUAGUUACUGCCGUGCUUCUGUUUUGGGACAAAUGUCUCCCCAAAUGUCAUGUUUUGUGUUUUUUCUUUUGUUUUUUAUAACUGUUAUGACGUUGCUUGCGCCACCAGAUUGAAAAAUUAUGUUUAUGAUUACACCAGCUUUUUCUUUUUUUCUGGUUGAGACUGAGCUUUUGAUUAAAACAAUUAAUGUGAUGCAGGAGUUCAUUUUUAUGUGCAUUUUUAAAGUCAACUGAAGGUUAAAAUUGUGUCUUGAAGUCAUGAGAAAGUGUGAAACGUCUGUUCUGCUUUAACUACAAAAAUAAGUCACAUUGCCUUAGCACACAUUUUUCCACUAAUUUCUGAAAAAGUUAGUCUUAUAAUAUUGGUAUAUGUAUGUACAGCUUAGUUAUCUUCUAUCUUUUCGACUUGAACAACUACCUUUGUAUAGUCAUUUAUAUAUUUACUCUCAAAGCGGUUAACAUGAAGGUGUGCCGUGUUUCUGUUAAAUAUUUUUGUUUUUAGCUUUUUUAACUCUCUUUGAAAUAUAUUUAUGUGUGUUUUAACUGUGCUUGAAACAGCACAAGUUGCCAAAUGUGGAAAUUACAUUGUUUAGCUUGUGAGGUCAAAUAAAAAAUAAAAAAAACACCAUGUGUUACGCGUGUGUGCUAUAAUACUGUGAAGAUUAAAAAGUGCCUUGAAACUA